AAUGUGGGAGAGAGUUUGAAGUGAAGCUGGUCAGGAGCCGGGAUCGAUCCCGGAACUGGGGGAGCUCAGUGAUCUGGAGCGCUGGACACAACAAAUCUGCCAGUUACCGAGAGGAGACCUGAGGAGCGGGGAGGUCCCUGCUGUUCUCAGCCAGCCCCUGGGUGAAGUUGGCUGCUUCAAGAUUUGUUCUCCCUGUUUGCUCUGGGAUUUUUUUUUUAAAGAAGAUAUCUGGUUGUGAGCCGGGGCGGGACGGGGCGGCCAGUUCAGCAGCCGGGAGAGGGUGAUCCGAAUCCCGGAUACAGCUCCUGCCGGCUCUCGGUGAGUUUGCUGGGGACUCCAAGCCCGGUUCUGGUGGUCAACUUGAGUCGCUGUUCCUCAGUCCCGGGUUACGGCUCCACUCUGGCUGGGGCUGCUGUGGAGGGUCGACGGGGAGACGAGGGGUUAAACAUCACUGCCUGAGAGAGACAGAAAGAGGCAAACCCCAGGGAGAAGCAGCGAUUCAGUCAGUACACACAGGCAGCUCCAUAGGACAGGGCAAUAUUUACCAACACAGAAAAGCAGCGGAGUUCAAACGUGCGUUUGACCUGCAAUUGACCGGAGUGUGAAAUUAACUGGAAACACAUUUGAUCAGUUUCACUUUUAAGGAACUCCGAAGAUCUUUUAUCAUCGUCAGCUGUCUGGGAUUUUUUUUUAUAUAUGUAUUUAUUCACUAACAACUUUGGCUGUCCGUUUCGCUGGGCUUUGAGUGAAAACAAUGUAACGACCGGGAGAUAAUGAAGGAGUGAUAAAGGACUGGCUGAUUUCCCAUGUGUGAACUGUAAGACACACACACACACACACACACACAAACACUCUCCCCGAGGAUUUAAAAAUGGGGAAGGAACAGGAGCUGUUCCAGGCGGUGAAAAACGGCGAUAUGUCCUCUGCACAGAAGUUACUGACCAAGAUCAAGGCUUCAAAAAGCAAGCUCCUGGGCUCCACAAAGAGGCUGAAUGUUAAUUACCAGGAUUCAGACGGGUUCUCAGCCUUGCACCAUGCUGCACUUAGCGGGAGCACCGAUCUCAUUUCAUUGCUGCUGGAAGCUCAGGCCCUGGUGGACAUCAAGGACAGCAAUGGGAUGCGACCCUUACACUAUGCAGCAUGGCAGGGGAAGUUGGAGCCUGUGCGUCUACUCCUUCGUGCUGGGGCAGUCGUGAACGUGGCCUCGCAAGACGGGCAGAUCCCAUUGCACCUCGCAGCGCAAUAUGGACAUUAUGAUGUGUCCGAGAUGCUUCUACAGCACCAGUCCAACCCAUGCAUCAUAAAUAAGGCAAAGAAAACGCCACUGGACCUUGCGUGUGAGUUUGGCAGACUGAAGGUCGCACAGCUUCUGUUGAACAGUAACAUGUGCGUCGCCUUGCUGGAGGGUCAGUCCAAAGACAGCACUGAUAACAACUUCACCACGCCGCUGCAUCUGGCUGCAAAGAAUGGGCACAAGGACAUUAUCAGGUUGUUAAUCAAGGCUGGGAUUGACGCAAACAAAGUGGCUAAAACAGGGACAGCUCUGCAUGAGGCAGCACUCUGCGGCAAGACUGAGGUGGUUCGACUGCUCCUCGACGCUGGCAUUGAUGUCAACAUCAGGAACACCUACAACCAGACUGCCCUAGACAUCGUCAACCAAUUUACCACUUCUCAGGCCAGCAAAGAGAUCAAGCAACUACUGAGAGAGGCCUCUGGAAUCCUGCAAGUCCGAGCCCUUAAGGAUUAUUGGAACAUUCAUGAUCCUACUUCACUCAAUAUCAGGGCCGGGGAUGUUAUCAUGGUCCUGGAGCAGCAUGCUGAUGGCCGCUGGAAGGGCCACAUUCAUGACAGCCAGAAGGGCACGGACCGUGUUGGCUAUUUCCCCCCAUCCAUUGUUGAGGUGAUCAGCAGGAGAUCAGGCACCCUCACUCGCCACGCAUCAGUGCCUCCCCAUCAACGUCAGGGGUUCCUCAAGACCCACCAGAGUACCUUGACCUCCUCGCAAACAGACGAUGCUUACCAGCUCUACCAACAGAUGUACUCGCAGACACUGCCUGCCCAUCGCACCUUCAACAAUCCCGGCUUCAGCAGGAGCAAUCACAACACUGACAGUAGUGAAAAUUCCACAGGGAAAGGCAUGGACCGCAUCUACCCAACAGUCCUGCUCUCCACUUCUGCUGAGGAUAUCUGGGUCCUCAGGCAACCAGAUCCUGCAGGUGACAGGAACAGCGUGGGCAGCACCGGCAGUGUAGGCAGUACUCGCAGCGCUGGAAGCGGGCAGAGCACAGAGAGUGGCAACGGACAGACUGCCACUACUGGCCUGGAGAACGGCAAGGCUGUGCCCCCUGGUGGAGAUCAGGCACAUCAGCAGGUCUGCAAGGGCACAGAAACCCUUGGCAAACAGCUUGACCAGCCUGCAGGGAUGCUAAGACAUCAAACCUUCUCAAGCUAUAUGUCUGGAGAACAAGGAUACUCACAACAGUUUAUUCACCCCGAUCAGCUCCUGGAGGGCAAGGUAAGAUUAAAGGAUGCUGAAGCUAUCUUUAACUGGCUGAGUGAAUUCCAGCUUCAGCAUUAUACAGCCAACUUCAUCAAUGCUGGUUAUGAUGUGCCCACCAUCAGCCGUAUGACCCCUGAGGACCUGACAGCAAUCGGAGUGACAAAGCCCGGGCACAGAAAGAAGAUUUCCACCGAGAUUGGCAAACUGAGCAUUCCAGAAUGGCUUCCUGACUACAAACCGGUGGAUCUGUUUGAGUGGCUAAGCGCGAUCGGCUUGCCUCAGUACCACAAGAAACUGGUGGAUAAUGGGUACGAUAGCAUCAGCUUCGUAAGUGAGAUCACCUGGGAGGACCUGCAAGAAAUUGGGAUCACACAACUGGGACAUCAGAAGAAGAUGAUGAUUGCCGUGAAGAAGCUUGUGGAUGUGCAGAAGGCUCUAAAUCAGGCGGAAGUGGAGGCCAAGACCGCGACGCUUAGGCGCAAGACGCCCAACGCGCUGGAGAUUGUCACCAUCGAGCCCUCGCAAGGUGAGAACGGAGAAUGCCAGUCUCCUCAAACGCCAAAGAUGCUAACCUUCCAGGAUAGUGAGCUGAGCCAUGAGCUGCAAUCUGCCAUGUCCAACCCUUGCUACAAUUGCCAGGAAAGCCUCGUGAUGAAGCAGGUUGGGGCCAUCUCCCGGAGCCAGGAGAGCAUUGGCAUCCGAUCCCGAGGAUCUGGCCACUCCCAGGAGAAUGUGCUCGGGAAGACCAAGAUGGACAGCAAGUCCCAAGAAAGCCUUGGCAGCGGAGAUGGGAGCAGCAGCAGUGACAGCAGUGGCAGGACCACAUUGCUCCCCUACUUGAGAGAUGCUGCGCCAGUUCAUAUUGUUGGGCCACACCAGGAAAAUGCAAACGGUUUGGGGCACAGCGUUGGAGGCAGUCCAAGUAAGGAGAGAAAUGGGCCUGAUGGGCGAGACCAUUACCAAAGGCCUGUGCUACAGAAGGGUACUCCUGUGUCGAACCCGAUGAAGACACUGCCUUCUCAAUAUCCACUUCCUCCGUCACCAAACUUCACCCCACCUCAUACUCCAAGUAAAGGGAAGACAGUCCAAGCCUUUGUGUACCCACAGCUGCCCGUCAAAGGCAAACCAUUUUGCUCAACACUGGAACCCUCCAAGCAGCAAAGCUCAAAGCCCAUGACCCACAUGCCAGGGAACCAAGGCUUUGUCUACCUCCACUCACAUUGCAGCAUCACCAACGGAGCUGUGCCAGAUGAUGGACCUCGCCUGAACCCUGUGGUGCUGCCAGGCGCUGUGCCAAUUAUCCGCUGUCCAGUGCCCGGCAAGGAGCUAAACGGAGACGUUUUCAGGCCAAAGAAGCGCUCACAGAGCUUGAACCGCUACGCCAUGUCAGACGGCGAGCCAGAGGAGGAAGACACAGGCACUGGGGCCGUCAGCUCAUACGCCACCCUCACUCGGCGCCCAGGGCGCAACCAGGUCUCUAAGGGCCAGUGGCCAACAGACAAAAACGUCAACCGCAGCCAGUCAUUUGCCAUUCGGGGGAAGAGAAAAGGGCCCCCCCCACCUCCACCCAAGCGCCUGAGCUCCGUGUCCAACUGCCAGGGGCAGGAGGCUGAGCAAGAGCCAACCUCCAGCUCAGCCACCGUCCCCCAGAAUGCGCCUGACCUGGUAGACGGGCUGCCCGUGCAACAGGAACCUAGUGAAGGAGCGGCGAGCAAUGGCACCGGAAGCGUGAGGAGCAUUGCUGCCAAGUUGGAAAUGUCCAGCAACCCCGGAGGCCAAGCCAAACCUCUGACCCCACCGAAACCUUCCAAAGUGGAGAAGAGGGAGAACCAAGAGGCUGUUCCCAAGAACCCCGAACAUUGUGGAGCUAGCUCCGUACCAACCAAGGCAGUGGUUAGACCGCUAGAAAAAGCGAGAGACUCUGCUAACCGGCGACGCACUUUGAGUGAGCCGGGAGUCAGCUUAGAGACAGACGCAGUUGCUGAAGCUUUCAAACCUGAUGGGGAGGAGACAAAGUCGGACGCUGAGGAUGAGGCCAAAGUUGGCAGAGGUGAUCUCGAGGCCUCCUCGUCCUCUCAGAAUAGUUCCAGUGAGUGCAUCCCUUUUGCGGAGGAGGGGAUUUUAACCAUAAAGCAACGGCCAAAACCAAACAGCGUGAUCAGAGGGGAUGUAAAUGUGGGCUCUGCGGACAUGGGCACUGGCUCUGCAGCUAUCAACGGAGUAACCGGGAUGUCCGAAGACUGUGGUGAGGAAAGACAGGGCCACAAUGUACAACUGGGCAAUGGGAGACCUGCAGAGAUCGGCCCAGCUCCUAAACCACCAGAGCUCCCUGAAUUUAACCUGACAGAGUCUGACACAGUCAAACGAAGGCCAAAGCCCAAAGAGAAGGAGCUAUUGCAAGCUUCAGUCGCUACCCCACAGCACCAUGUUCUGAUGCAAGGACCUCGAUACGCGGAGGCUCAGGCUGUGCAUAUUGUGGACUCCAGGCCUCAGGUGGGCCCUCACGUGAAAAGUGACAUGGACGAUGAUGCCUGCGUCGAGUUCAGGAUUGCUGAAAUUGAGAGGAGUCUCCAGUCUUUAGAGAAAGGGACUAAAAAGACACUGAAACCUCCUCUCUCUCCCAAACCAGCUCUUGCCUAUCUCCAACAGACACCUAAACAGACAGGAUCAGUGCCCAUUUCCACCAGGCCUUCUCUUACCAGGGGACCAGCCACAGAAUUCUGCCAAAAUCAGCUUGCCUUCUCCUCACCGCCUGUCUCCCCAAAGUCUACACUGGCACGAGGGCUGCCAUUUGCCAGUCCCAAAGCUAGCAGACCUCCGCAGGGUGGUAGCCUUGCCACCACAACAGCAGGAACCCCAUGCCCUGCGCAGCAGCCAGGGCCUGCACUUGCCUCUGUGCCCAUGGGUCCUCUGGCCAGGAAAGCAGGGCUGACAGGAGGAGCGCUCACAAAGUCUGCAGUGGAGGCCCCACAGGCAGCCCUGGCUCAUCAGCGACUGGAACGCACCAGCACCUCGCUGGAGGCAGCUCUUCAUGCCGUGGAGCAGAAACUGACCCAAGAAGACAAUGGCAAUGAUGUCUCCAUUUCCGUGAAGUCUGCCGGCAACAUUUUGGACGAUAUUGGGAGCAUGUUCGAUGACCUCGCUGACCAGCUGGAUGCCAUGUUGGAAUGAACCCCUGGGCCGUAGUUAAAGCCCUGCAGCAAAAUGCUGACAUUGUCCCUUUUGACCCCGAUGGGAAUGACACCAGUGUAAAGUUCCAUGCCACAGGUCACCCACAGUGUCUGGAGAAAGCUCACGGGCAUCCCAUGUCGUAAAAGACUGUGGCAGAAGCAGGUUAUUGAAUCGAUUGACAUGUGCUGCAUCUUAUUUUAUAUGGAUGGGCGGCUUUAAAUGCUGCACCCCAUGAUAAAGUUUAGGCAGAAACUGCUGCUAGUAUGAGGUGGCUGGCAGCUUUUGAACCCUGCGAGAACUAACCACAGAACCUAAGAAAGACUGAAUUUUAUCACAUUAUUUUUUAAACACAUGUAUAUAUUUCCCCUCCUGUCAGCUUCUGCUGAUGCUGCAAAAGCACUUAAACGAGUUAAAGCACAAAUUUUUAACCUGGGAACCCCCAGUGAAGAGAAGAUUCAAUCUCAGUCAUGCUAGGCAAAGAUCUUCAAUCCACCAUCCCUAAAGAGCUGCAAUUGCACUUGAAACACAGGCGACCACAUUGAUUCAGCUCCCACAGCGCUGGAGCCAGUUCAUCUUCCGAUAUUAGCGGGCGAUUUGGACACGUAGGCAUUCCAAGCAAAUCAAUUACAACUUGGCACUUUCCUUAAAGUGAACCUGACUUCCUGGAACUGUGUUCCUCAAGAUGUUCCACCGAGUAAAAUCUACUCUCUCAAGCUUAAUACUAAAACGUCGACUUUUUAAAAGCCCGGGGAGUUUUGUUGCUCCAGGGAGUGGAGGAUGUGAUCGCAGCUUGGAUAUUUUGGAGCAGCUUUACACUUUUAUUCAGAGCAUAACUAAUGCUGCAGAAAGGUCUGAGCAACUCACCUGCAGCUGUGGCUAAACUCAUUAAACUCAUGCCAGCUGGAAAGAGCACAGCAUGAUUUCUGGCCACGCCCUUGUGAAGCAUCUUUGGGACAAUUUUACAAUAGUUAAGGUGCUAUAUAAAUGCAAGUUGUUGUUGUGAACCAAGGCAGACAUAUUGCAGAGGAUGUAAACUUGUGUCUUGUUUGUACUGAGCUCUGGCACAGAGUCCAGUCUUAGAAGUUCAGUUUGAGGCCCCUGCCACCCACCAAGGUGGGAGAGGGAUUGUCAGUCUUCACGUGCACAUUGCCCCUGCCAUUUCCUGAUUACACACAGUCAGGGCAGUCAAAGCCUUCUGACCCUCAGUGUUGAGGCAGGAGUUCAUUCCUCAUGGGUUUGUGGUGAUAUGUGUUUGCCAACUGACAAUGGGAUGUAUACAUACCUCACCCCCACCCUGUGUUGUGGAUUGACAGGGAGAUGUGUGCGCUCUGGCACCAGACCAACUGUGAAUGUCACUGUAACACCAACACUCUGAGGAGCAGGUCCUGUCACCACAUAUUGACCAAUCAGCACAGGGUUCUGACAUGAGACAUUUAAAACAGAAAAGGAGGACACAAAAUCUUCUGCAACCUCGUUGAGGGAUACCAGUUUGAAGAAUGUCAUAGUGUUGGUUGGGUACACCAAAUCAUUCCCAGUGAAUCACUGUUCUCGGACAUUCCGUUGGACUUUACAGUCAGCAGCUGCCAUUAACUGCACCUCCCUCCCGCUGACACCCAGAGGAGAGGGUGCAUCUUAUAUAUUUAAUUCACAGUUCAGUAUUUCGCAAAGUAAUCAUGAGAUAAUUUGAGUACAGAUAGCCUGAAUCUUGCAACACACAGAGAAAAAUAUUUUUCUAAAAACUGGGAAAGGUGGAGAGCAGGAUAUUUAAGCUGAGUGCAGCAUUGUUCGUUCUGUUUAUCAACCUGAAUCCUAAUUUCAUCACAGAAUCUGAAUACAUCCCCUGCAUCUCUAUCUUUAGAAGCAGUUUAUGUGCCUUUUCUGGUGUCAUUGUGGCUUGUAAGGGAUGUGUGUGUGUGUUGUGUGUGUGUGUUGUGUGUGUGUGUUCUGUGUGUGUGUGGCGUGUUGUGUGUGUGUGUGUUUAGCAUGCACACCUCUGUAUGUGUACUUGUGUUGUGUGUAUGUGUCUGUUACUGCAAGAUGAUUGCAGGCUAUUGUGCCAAACUCAAAGUUUAAACUGUAUUGGUGCAAACUUAGUGUGAACAAAUCCAGUGAUGCCAAACAUGCUUCUAAUGGUAAAAGAUUCCAGUUCCUGGGAUGCUAUGGAGGAAAGGAGACAGCAGCAUUAAUCGAUAACCAGUAGGCUUUCACUUAUCUGACUUGUUUUUAAAUUCUCAUUUUCUCCUCUCCUGGUCCUAAUUAUUGCCGGGGUUCCAACUUCACUGGUUCCCCGCCCCAUAUUCAAUACUUAAAUGGCCACUCUUCAUGCAUGUUACACAGUGAAUGCUGGCAAACGAUUAAAAAGUGGAAAAUGCAAUGGGGGAGAGCACCACAAUUGAACCGCGAAUGUGAUUAAAUUUGCUGCCAAAAAUGCCCCCCCUCCAAGCCUGACAUGCAGAUAAGGGUCCUCAGUGUCACUGGGACUCAGGACUGGGAACAUUCAACUUCAGGAGUCCACUGGCCUCAGUCCAUGUGUGUCUUAGAAGAUGGAAUCUCCCAGACCUUUCCAAAACGUUACAGAAUUAGCUGGGGAUUAGAUAGAGUGAAUAAGGAGAAACUGCAUCCAUUUUCAGGAGGAUCAGUAAGGAGAGGACACAGAUUUAAGAUAAUUGGCAAAGGAAUUGGGGGAAGAUGAGAAUUUUUUUUCACACAGCCAGUUGUUAUGAUCUGGAAGGCAUUGCUUGAAAAGGAGGUGGAAACAGAAACAGUGGUAACUUUCAAGAGGGAAUUGAAAAAGAAAAGUAGUACAGGAACUCUGGGGAAUGAGUGAGACCAAUUGCAUAGCUCUUUCGAAGAUCUGGGAUAGGUACAAUGGGCUGGAUGGUCUCCUUCAGCUGGUGACCCAAUGAAACUUGAUGUUCCCCAUUUUCUUGGCAGUUCUAAGUGUCUCCUGCCAAAGGGAGGGUGGAAGACCAGUAGAGCCUCCGUGGGAUGUUGAAGUUAAGGUUGAAGCCCUCGUGCGAUUGCACGAUCAGCAACCUCAAUCGUGUUGUGUAAAUAUAAUGGCCAAAAUAACUGUCCACCCUCGCCUGCCUCUCGAGUUCCCUCAGUUCAACUGGGGAAGUGUGGGACGAGGGAUGAUUUACAUACAGGCUGCAGUUGUGCAUUUCUCAAGUGCUGCAUUAAUUGGUGGCAGUGGAACUGCGAGGGUAUGGUCAGACUAGACACAGUCUGCAGCUGCAGAAGGAAUAAGAAGUUUGCUUUUGUUGAGAGUGCCCCUCCAUGCCCCCGUGCUUGUGAUACCUAUUGUGACAUUCCCUUUAGUUAAAUCCAGAGCAGUAAAGCUCCCCUGUCGGCUCAAUUGAUAAUCACAUCCUCCUGCACAAUAUUAAAGCACAUGGACCAAAAACUGCAGAUCUGAUUCCUUGUCUUAAGGACUUAACUGAGAGCGUGGAGGGGAAAGGGCAGGCGGGCACCUACAGCUAUGAAUUGCCACAGCAUCCCUUAGUUAACCAUCAGUGAGCCAUCCAGCUCCUUACCACUCACCCCUGCUGGAAAGUUGUGAAUAGCAGGUGAGGCCAGGUUUGAUUUUGGUGCCCCCCACACAAUCGAAUAGCUGCCAGAUUUUCACCUGUCAGUCCAGUUGAGGUGAGGUAUUUGAGGACUGCCACUGUCUGUGAAACUGGUGCAACAGUAUGAGUCAGCACCUUCAGCAGAGGGGGGGAAAAAUUAGGGGACAAUAUGGAUGAGAAUUGGAGUUCCCUGUGCAACAUGGUAAUGUCACUGUGUUGAGCCAUUGAUGUUUUCUUGUGAUUUACAGGCGACUAUCAAGUGGGAUGGUUGACCUGUACCCAAGGUGGCUGCAAACAUCAGACAGAGCUGUUUCAACAGAGCUGGGUUUUGAGGCGUGAGAACACAUCAUUUGUGAGGCAGCUUCUUUACAGGGACCACGCCUUUCUGUUAUGGCAUUGCCAUUGACCAUGGCUCAGCCUAUUUAACCCAGCUCCAUGGCAAUGCUUCCGCUUUGAGGGAGGCAGGCAUUCCAACCCCUCAAUACUCGCUGCAUUUGCUUUCAGUUGGUGUUUCUUAAUGAAACAUUUCUUUAUAACGAUUAUGCUUUACCCGGAACCAGGUGCCUACAGGAGACGAGCAGGUGCCAUGAGUUGCCUGUAGGAAAACUGUGACAUAACUGCGUCACCUGUUUCCUACAACUAGGACACAGCCCCAUCCCCAACCCUCGCCUACUUUAGGUUCCUACAACAAUCAGUGGGAACUGGUUCUGAUUAGGGUAAAACAAAAUCCAAUUCUGAAUAACUACCUCAGUUGAUUGAAAAAUAAUGGCAUUAUCAGCACCCUGGUCCAUUCCUGACUUCACUGAUGCACCUGCCAGAAAGACAGACUUCUGUUUUUAUAGACUCCACAUUUCAAACCAUAUGAUCAGCGAAAUGCUUUGCAAUGUGGUGACAGUCGACAGCUGUCUCUUUAUGGAAGGUCACCCAGAAUGUGUACGUUCUACAGCAAUAAUAGUGCCAACCGCUUCAGAAAUCAUCCUCGUUGCAUGAUGGUCGCAUGUGUACCCACCCCGUUCAUAUUUAGCAUGCCUGAGCUGUCAGAGUCAGGGUUAAUGUUAGAAACUGGGAUGGGACAAGCUCCAGACAGAGCAGCUCACAGUGAGUGGAUGUUUGUGCAUCAAAUCGCUCCCCAUACCCAAUUGCUCCCUUUAUACUUACUGCGUUUGUGAGGUUUGCUGUGACCCAAUGACCUAAUCAUAACAACAAACGUACGUUUAUACAAGUUUGGUAAGUCUUUAGGACGUUGCAAAGCACUUUGCAGCUAAAAAAAUUACUUUUGAAGUGCAGCCUCUCCUGUCUUGUAGGCAAAUGCAAAAUUAAACAAGAUCUCCCAAACAACAGAGAUAAAUGACCUUUUGACCUUUCCACCCAUCAUCCCAUCCCUCCGAGCCAGAUAAUACUUUACAGCUGGGCACAUAACUGUGUCAAAACUGCUUUUGUUACGUUUCCUGUAAGAUUUCCAUAGCCAGAAGUGAUGUUCAGCUUACUAUAGAGAUUAGCUGCGAGUCUCCAGCAUGCAUUGCACUAAAGGAAAUGCAGGGUGUGCCCAUCAAUCUCCCAGUUUCCUUUAUUCAACAAUCAUUGAACUUGAGAGUUAGUUGUCCUCAUUUGUCCCUUCCAGCCACGUCCUGCUUUUAUCCCAUGUUAUGUCACAAAAACAUAGCAUAAAUCCAUGAGGAGAUUGCUAAAUUCAAUCUAAAUCAAUGUUAGUGACUCAAACAGGCUUAAACUACAUCAGAAUAAUAGUCACUUAUCCUUCCUAAAAAAACUGCCAAAAGAGAAGGAACUUGCAUUUCCAAAGCACCUUUCACAGGCCCAGGAUGGGUCGAUUGCUUCACAGUCAGUUCAGUAGGCUUUGAAGUGUAGUCACAGUUAUCAGGAAAUGCAGCAACUAAUUUACACACAGGAAGCUCCCACACACAGCAAUGAGAUAAUUACCAGAUGUAUAAGCAUUUGUGGUUCUAUCAGUCUGCUGUUCUCCAUAUUCCUCUGCUCAUGAAGCACCCCCAGCACCCAGAACAAACUAGUGAAUGGGAUCGCCCAGCGAUAGGAUGCAGUAGCCUAACUUUCACUGUGACAUGUCCAAAUUGGGAGGCUCUGGUUCAUUUGUAGGCAAACACUAGAUGCUGUAAUAUUGUCAUGGUGAAAAACUGUGUGCUACAUGCUAUGUGUUAUGUCACCAUGGUCAUAUAGGGUGUAUAUAGCCUAAUCCAAGCACAAUUCCAACUGCAGAUUUCAUUAUGUAAAUAACUACCUGCUCCCACAUUUGAGAAUAUAUUUAUAUAUAUUUUGAAACAGAUUUUCUUUCCUCUCUCUCUAUCUAUAUAUAUAUAUAUACGUAUAUAUGUACCAAAUACUCUAGUCAGAGAAAUAGCAGCAAUAGAGACUGAGGAGUUGGGGGCUACACUGGAUUUAGGAACAGAUACAGUUCUGAUCUGCUGUGAGAUUCAUUCGAGAUUGUGUACAAAAGUUAUGGAAAAUACAGCCUGCUGCCAGCAAAGGCACAAUGGGGCAAUUGAAUUGAGAAUGUUUUGAGCAAUGUAAAAGCUUGAUCUUUGUAAAUUACAGCUUACAGACUUGUGUAUUAUUAAUGCAAAUGUGUUCAAUAGUUUAUUCUGAAAUUUCUAACAUUCUGUGUGAUCAAGCACUGUUUAAUUUUUAUUGGCUUGGCUGAAACGAUAUAUAAUGUAAGUUAUUGUUCAGGAUUGAGAAAUGAAAUCAAUGUGCCUGA